AGAAUAAAUGACGAUUCGAGUCUGGCGGAAUCGGUGAAGAUGACUUUAAGAAGAAUAAAAAAAAAGAUAAUAGAAGAGUGGUUAAGCGAAUCGAAAGAAACCAAACAACCUGAACAUUCUCGUGAAAAAGAAAGGUUAAGCGAAUCGAAAGAAACCAAACAACCUGAUCAUUUUCAUGGAAAGUACUUGUAUGUGGUUCUCCAAUUGACACGCAACGCUACUGAAAUUGAGAUUAAAUCAAGUUACAAGAAACUUGCUCUGAAGUAUCAUCCUGAUAAGAAUGGCGGUGUUGAAACCGAACAGUGGACUAAACUUUCAAAGGCAUAUCAAAUCCUCUUAGAUAAGAACACCUUUGCAAAUAAAGCAUCGUUCAACUGCUAUGUAGGAGGAGAACUUUGGAAACCCUACAUCAGUGACCUGAAAAUUGGUCUCUGGAUACACUCAUUUGAUAGUAAUAGUUUACCCGAAUUAGAACAUAUAACCUCAGUUGAGCAGAAAGAACGUCGUCAUAACAUUCGUAUUCGCAAUAUAACUAGUCAUCUGCAAGACAAACUUUCUCAAUUACCGAAGCCAAUUGAUCCUUCUUUUCAGCAAAUUCUUUCCUUAGAAGCCCAGAAACUUCUUGCAGAAUCUAACGGCAAAGAUGGCCUCAUGUUUACUUGGGAUUUAAUUCAUGAAGUCGUAACAAACAAGACUAAUAAUGAAGAAGUAAAAAGAAUAAAAGUGACCUGGAAACUUUCACGAUCAGAAAUAUCUUCUAUUACGCAUGAAACCUGUAAGAAGGCUUUCAAUAACACAGAAUAUAGUAUGGAUAAACGCGAUUAUCUUGCAAAUUCACUAUUUCACUUAGGCAAGUUGUAG